CCUGGACUCCUGACCUCGCCGCCUGGAACAUCAAUAUGUGUCAUGUUAUUGUCACCUGUCGCUCGAUGCUCUGGACCCUCCUGAGUAUUGUGGUGGCUUUCGCGGAGCUCAUUGCCUUCAUGAGCGCCGACUGGCUCAUCGGCAAAGCCAAGAGUCGCAGCGGCGCGGAGCCCGACGACCGGAGCGGAGGCUCGCCCGAGCCCUACCACCCGACCUUGGGCAUCUACGCCCGCUGCAUCCGCAACCCGGGCGUGCAGCACGUGCAGCGGGAUACGCUGUGCGGGCCGUACGCCGAGAACUUCGGCGAGAUCGCCAGCGGCUUCUGGCAGGCCACCGCUAUCUUCCUAGCUGUGGGCAUCUUCAUUCUCUGCACCGUGGCCUUGGUGUCUGUCUUCACCAUGUGUGUGCAGAGCAUCAUGAAGAAAAGUAUUUUCAACGUCUGCGGGCUGCUGCAAGGAAUCGCAGGCUUGUUCCUUAUCCUGGGUCUGAUCCUCUACCCCGCUGGCUGGGGCUGCCAGAAGGCCAUAGGCUACUGCGGACACUAUGCAUCGGCCUACAAACCCGGAGACUGCUCCUUGGGCUGGGCCUUCUACACCGCCAUCGGAGGCACAGUCCUCACCUUCAUCUGUGCUGUCUUCUCCGCACAAGCAGAAAUCGCAACCUCCAGUGACAAGGUACAGGAAGAAAUCGAGGAGGGGAAAAACCUUAUCUGCCUCCUCUAGUUUGGAAGAGACAUACAUGCCAUUUUCUUCCUGUGUGACCUUGUGAAACAGUACCCCUCUGGUUCCAUCGUCUGAGUCAAGUGAAGAACUAGCCUUUAUCUACCAAAGCCUACAUUCCACGGCGCCAAGCCUUAACAGGACCAGUGUGAGGCAACAUCCAGCUAAGUGACUGCACUCAAGGGCCAGAGUUCAAACUAUCAGAGAUGGAAUAUGAAACUACUGUGUGAACCCUGACACGUAGUUGACAAGUCUGUCUGACUCCACCAAGGCUCCUGAAGGAUAAUGAUCUAAACCAUUACAGGAGCAGCUCCUCUGGUAACAGGAGGCUGUGAGCUAGACUGCAGGCUGUUCUGAGAUGUAUUUCUGCCACAGGGUUUGUGCCUGUAAGCAUCACUGCCUCGGAAUGAGGUUUUGGAGUUGGUGUUUUUGUCUCCUCCUAGUUCUUCCAGGUUGUCUUCAGAGACUAAAAUGAAGACUGCGUACUUACUGGGGAUAGGUUAUGUGCUCGAGGGAAUAAGACACUGCUUCUUACAACCAAAGGGGUCAGAAAGUCAGUGUGGAAUCCCAUUGUGGAACUUCCUCUAGGCUGAAUUCCAGGGUAAGGUUGGCUCAGUGAACUGCCCCUCCAAGAUUUUAUUAAUCUGAGUAAGGAAAGAAUAAGGACCUAUAUGAUCAUGGGAAUAAAAGUAGAAAAUCCUGCUAGUGAAGACAAAUUCAUUCCACUGCCCAGCAGUCAGGCUAGCACCUGUACUGGCCCAGGCCCCUCUUCUAAAGGAGAUCCCAUGUUUUUCUCCUAGGGUUAGGAUUGAGCUUUGACUGCCAAAGGAAACCUCCCCCUGUUUCCUCAUUCCAGGAACAGAGGUCUCCAAGCCAACUGUGGCUCACUCUGAUGUUCACUGGGAGAACUUGCCAGAAUCUCAGCACUUGUGGGGAGACCUUUUCCCACUGUUUGGUAACCAUGUGGUAGGUAGCUGUAUUUUCAACCCCAGCAGCAACAGAAUGACCUUUUUUGCAGGAAAAAAAGGGAGCUAGUCAUGGAAGUUAAGUUUCUCCAGUUACUAGUGGUGUUCCUGAAAGCAAACUAAAAUUACUUCAGUGGGUGAGUUGCAGCAAGCCUUCAUACCCAGAGAUGCACAGAAUAGAAAUUUAAUGCAAAAAUGAAAGCUAGACCAAGCCCAUAGCACCUGCCUAUGCCUGUUUGUUUACAAAAAGAAUGAAACACCACUAUUAAAAAGGAUUCAGGAGCUUAUAAUCUAGUUUCUAUAAAUUGCCAAUAAAAUUGCUUCAGAAAAAUGGUAUUAGCAACCACCUCAAAUUUACUUUGGAAUGAUCUCAGUGGCAACAACCUAGCUGGGUAUUACCUGGGAAUUACAGGAUGACAGAAACACUCCUUCACACUAUAAGCAAGUGGAGCGGACCUAUGAGAUUUCUGGAAGAAUUAAAAGUAUAGGUCUGUUUGGGCUUCUGAAUCUGUUCACCUGAGAGCUUACUUUGUUUUGAAAACUUAACAAAUGACGACUUGCACCUUCUCUGGGUUAAGGUAUUACAUGCUAAGUGCCGCCAGGCAUAGAAACCUGAUUGGGGUUUUACAGCACUGCCCGAAGUGAAUCAUCUCCAGGCUGAGCCUAAAACCAUGCCUUGCUGCAAACAAGUUGCUUUAUAUGUAGAUGGAAUGGAACAGCUCAAGUUUUAUUCCCUUCUGGCCUUUGGCCUAUACCACAAACCAUCUUAUCACACAGAUGCAGAGCUAAGGGCAAGAAGAGUGGUGGUGUAGAACCAGGCAUUCAUCAGUUCAGUUCACCAUUCUUAGACCAAAGUUCAGAAUAAGCAAGAUUUAAGUCCUGCAACUUUUUAAAGAGAAGGGGUACAUAGUUCUCCUCCUAGCAGUCUACUGUACAGGCUCAGGAAACAUUAGCCCUAUCUCUGACACCACACAGAAAGAGGUUCUGGAAGCCAGUGGACAGGGCUCCUGUCCCUGCUGUGUAUUUUUAUGCUCUAACUCCCAGUGCCCACAGUAACUACUUUUUAAACCCUAGCAGUAAUUUUCAUUCAAAAAAAUGGCGGUGGGGGUGGGGGGAGGAUUCCUUUCAUCAGCAGGUUCGCUCUACUGUUUUUUUGUUUUUUGUUUUUUGUUUUUUUUUCUGUACAAAAUCAGUGUUAGGAAAUGGGUUCUCUAACUCCCUUUUUACAGACAGGUUAAAGUCCUAAGCCCUGAGGACCUUCCGAGAAUGUCCAUCAUCUUUCUUUACUACCUGAAAGGUGGUGGCAUGUAUCUCUAGAACACCCUGAUAAACGGUAGUCACAAGUGAAAAUGUUACUCCAAGAAAUUCACUUGACAGUGUUUUAGUCUGAACGCUACAGAUGACAAAGCAUGCGCGCGCGCACACACACCACCCCAAACCACUAAAAACUACUUAAACACUGAAUAAGCAAAGCAGAGGUGGAAUUUCUGUAGCAGAGACAGAGUAAGAACUAAUCCUGGGCCUUUUAAACCGUCAGUCCAUUAGCCAGGCUUUGAUUGGGAAAAAAUGAAACCUUAAAAUCAUGCUAGUCUACACCAAAAUUGUACAGCUGUUUAAAAACCACUGAAUGUGGGGAAUGUGUUAGAAAUAUAUUAAACAAUUGGACUGAUCAUUGACCCACAUUUUCCUAAUGAAUAUCAGUCACCUAAUCACCUCAGUCCAAAAAUCAAUGUAACACACCUGAACCAUUACUACUACCCGAAAAGUCUUAUUUAUUUUUGCCUGCAUUUGCGCUUAAAGUUUUGCGAUGGGCUGGGCUUCUCAAUGAACUCCAAGAAGGCAGAAAUACUUGUGUUGAAUUCUGUGGAUUUUUUUAAACCUGUGUGCUAAUUCAACAAUGUUACAUUAAUUGUGUAAGGGUUUUUGUAUAGUUUUCAAACAUCUGUGGUGUAAUGAUCUUUGUUAAACAUGUAAAGUGCCAUAGUCUUUUUUUAUGUGUAGCAUAUUUAAAAUAUAUGUAUAUUAUACAUACACAAGUCUGUGUGAAAGAUGUGCAAUAACAAAGGUGUAUGUAUGUUUUGUUUUUUUGGAAACUGGACAGGAGUCAGAACAGGGAUUGUUUCUGUUUUGGCAAAGGAGAGUUAAACAUUUUUGCCUUCAUGGCCUAGUCAUUAACCCAUAACAAUUUAAAUGCUACACAAACCGAUGUGAAGAAAAGACUGGUAUGAAAUCAUUUAUUCCUGGGUCUAAAUUAAUCACUAGAUUUACGUGAAAAUUAAGCCAGCAUCAGGCCCAGUUAAUGCUAGUCUUUUAUGUGAAAUGUGAAGCUGCCACAUUGCCUUUUCUGUUAGUGCAAAAACUAGUAGCUGGUACAUAAUCACUGAGGAGAUUUCUCAACAGGCUUUGAUAGACCACGUUAAUGCUAGACCACUAUUUCAGGGCUGAUCUCACACCUUAGCCAUAAGAGUCUGGCUUAGAACAGACCUCUCUGUGCAAUAACAUGUGGCCACUAGAAAUCCCUGGCCUGCAUUUGUAUUUGGGCAAUGAUGACUCCCAAGGGCCAAAAGAGUUAAAGGUGUGACUGGGAUUUCUUCUGAGACUGUGGUGAAACUCCUUCCAAGGCUGGGGGGUCAUUAGGUGCUUUGGAGGAACUCAGCAUCACUUGCUAUUCAGUAGCCACUUGAGCCAAACAGACAACUGUAUUUACCGCUAAUGGACUCAAUUUGAGCCUUCAAAUUUAUGGUUAUCCUAUUUUAUUGUAAACUAAUACGUUGUUUGUCUAGCAUUGAUUAGGUUCCUGUGCAUAUGUAUUUCACAACGCCCUCCCCUCCCCAGAUCAGAAUUAAACCAGAUUUUGGAAACUCA